CAUUAUAGCAAGUACUUGAGUUGUUAGGAAAUGGGGGGCUCCUACGUCCAACAACUGCAUUCCUCCAAGUUUCUGGUGGUAAUGCUGCUCAUGAGUGCCAGUCUGCUACCAUCUUGUUCUUCACAAACAACCAGACGCUUUCAGUUUAAUAUUGAGCAGAAGGAGGUUAGUCGUUUGUGCCAUAGGAAGGCACUUUUAACAGUCAAUGGAGAGUAUCCAGGGCCAACCAUUGCCGUUCAGGAAGGGGACAAUGUUGAAGUUAAGGUCACUAACCGAAUUUCUCAAAACACUACAAUCCAUUGGCACGGAAUAAGACAGAUAAGGACUGGAUGGGCUGAUGGUCCAGCUUUCAUUACUCAAUGCCCCAUAAGAACAGGACAGUCCUACACAUACAAAUUCACUGUAAUUAACCAAAAGGGCACCCUUCUAUGGCACGCCCACCACUUAUGGCAGCGAGCCUCCAUCUAUGGUGCCUUCAUUAUAUACCCUCGCUUGCCAUAUCCAUUCUCAGUCCCCAUUCAAGCUGAGGUCCCCAUAAUCUUAGGUGAAUGGUGGAAUGCAGAAGUGGAUGCAGUGGAAAACGAAAUGAUGAUGUAUGGAGGAGGGCCUAAUGCUUCAAAUGCUUACACCAUCAAUGGUCUUCCAGGACCUCUUUAUCCCUGCUCAAUAAAAGAUACCUUCAUCCAACCAGUUGAACAUGGCAAGACCUACAUGCUCAGAAUCAUCAAUGCAGCACUCAACAAUGAGCUUUUCUUUGCUGUAGCAAACCAUUCAUUGACAGUGGUGGAGGUUGAUGCAGUUUAUACAAAACCUUUCGAAACAACAGCCAUUAUGAUAGCUCCUGGACAAACAACCACUGUUCUUAUCACUGCAAACCAAGAUCCCAACUCUUCUGGCAUGUUUGCGAUGGCAAGUCGGCCUUACCUCACCACUCUCUUCCCCUCUGAUAAAUCAAUUGCCGUUGGCUUCUUAAGAUACAAAGGAACAAGGAACGGAAAAAUGGAGCUCCCAACUAGGCUUGAGACUCUUCAACUUGACAACCUUCCUCAAUUGGAAGAUAACGACGCAGCAAUAAAGUUUUCAAAGAGCUUGAAGAGUCUUGCAUCACCUCAGUACCCAUGUCAAGUGCCCAAGAAAAUUGACAAAAGAAUUAUGACAACCAUAAGCCUAAACCUUCAGGACUGUCCUGCAAACAAGACCUGUAAAGGGUUAAACGGGGGGAGAUUUUUAGCUUCCAUGAACAACCAAUCCUUUGUUCAUCCCAAGAUGUCAAUUCUUCAAUCCUAUUACUAUAACCUCACAGCUGGCGUUUUUGCCUCCAAUUUUCCAGAACAGCCACCAAAAUCUUUCAAUUAUACUGGUGUGGAUCCAUUGACAGAAGACAUGAGCACUGAGACUGCUACAAAGCUUUUCACGGUGCCAUAUGGUGCAAGAAUAGAAAUUGUUCUGCAGGACACAAAUUUCCUCAAUCCAGAGAACCAUCCGAUCCAUGUCCAUGGUCAUAACUUCUUCAUUGUUGGGAGUGGGUUUGGAAACUUUGACAUUGCCAGGGAUCCUGCAAGAUACAACCUGAUUGAUCCUCCAGAAAGGAAUACAGUGGCAGUGCCAAAAGGGGGCUGGGCUGCAAUCCGAAUAAAGGCAGAUAAUCCCGGGGUGUGGUAUAUACAUUGUCAUCUUGAAGAGCACACUUCAUGGGGUCUGGCGACGGGCUUCAUCGUCCAAAAUGGUCCUAUCCCAUCUCAGACUUUGCUUCCUCCCCCUGAAGAUCUUCCCCUCUGUUAAGGUACUUCAGAGCAAUUCCUUGUACUUCCAUAUUAAUACAUUUUGAUUCAUCUGAAAAAAGAUGCUUCAGAGCAAUUUUUGCAAACGCCAUAUGAGCAUUAGGCUAAAUAGCUAUAGACCUAGGAUAGUACUUGCUAUGAUAUGUAGUAUGUAAUAAGAGAAUUUAUUGAUAUGAAGCAAAAACUUAGGUGAUCUACUGAAGCCAAAGAAAAGAUUUGUUCUGCU